GAUGGAAUUAUUUAAACUGCUUUGUUAUUACAAUGAAGAAAAUAUUCCUCUGGAUGAAAUUGAAUGGGCUGCUACAAGAAUUUAUUUUGCAGAAGAGGAAAUAAGAAAUACUGAAUGGAAAGGGUUAAAGGGAGACAUUCCUUGUUUGGCUGAACAACUCUUUAAUAAAUUACCGAAAACGGAAGAAACUUAUUCCUAUUUAAUUUGUGGAUUGUGCAAAUUUCCGACUAUUUAUUCUCUUACACAAGCUAAAAUUCUUUAUAAGGUUUUUUAA